AUGAUGAACGGAGUGAAGCUGUGGAGCACUUACCUCAGGCAAAACCGAAUGCCCCUCUGGGCCUUCUCCGUAGCUGUGCUUGGCGUUAUAGUGUCCUGGCCUGGGGUGUGCCCCUGCCCAUCAGAGUGCAAGUGCAUGGACAAGUCAAGGUUGGUGGAGUGCAAGAACACCAACCUGACCCAGAUCCCGUGGGGAAUUCCUCCGAGCACCCAGAACCUGCUCAUCACCGGCAACAAUAUCUCGCUCCUGAGGAGGUCGGCUUUUGAGGGCAAUGGAUCCGGGUUCUUCUAUCUGGGAACGCUCUCUCUCCCGGGAAACCAGAUCGAAGGCAUCGAGCCCUCUGCCUUUGAAGGCUUAGCCAACCUCAGUACCUUGAACCUAAGUGGCAACGCCUUAGCAUCCAUUGCCGCAGACGCGUUCCUUGGUCUUUGCCAGCUGCACAGUUUAAGCAUGAACUAUGCUCUUGAGCCAUCAGUGGAGGAUCAGCUGUGGCCCGCGUUGCAUCCCAGUAAUCUCCCCAGCCUGACUAAGCUCCACGUGGCCGGGAACUACCUAACCAAGCUUUCAGAAGAAGCAAUGUCCACCGGCAGCUUGCAGCUGUUGGAUCUAAGGAGCAACCUGUUGCAGAGUAUCACAAAGCAGACCAUCACCCUUUGGCAGAGCCACUACAAGCUUAAGGUUUACUUGUCCUCCAACCCAUGGAUGUGUGACUGUGAGCUUCGCCCUGUGUACUGGUGGGUCAGGAACACGUCCCAGAUCGGUGAUGGGCAGCUGCUCACUUGCUUCGGCCCCAGUACCUUGAAUGGAAGCAUCCUCAGCCAACUCAGACCUGAACAUCUUGUGUGUCCGGAGGACACGGCAGCUUCCUUCGUGUUCCUUGGGAUUGUCUUAGCUCUUAUCGCGGCCACCUUUGUCAUGGUCUUGUACUUGAACAGGAGAGGCCUAAAGAGAUGGGCCAGAAAUUUCCGAUAUGCUUGCCACGAUCAGAUGGAUGGUUACCAGUACAGAUAUGAACAGGACCCCGAGCCCAGGCUGGCCCGUGUUACAGCUGUAAUCUAG